AUGCGGUUGGAGGUCCAAGCACGGGAAGUGACGGAGGCACUAUCACGAGUGGGCAAUGUCCGCGGCUUGAGCAAGCGGGCUCGUGUGUCCUAUAUCAGGGGCCGGGCGUUGGAUGUUUUCACCAAAUUCAACCCAAACGCCGAGAAAUGCUUGGCCAAAGCGGUGAAGCUGCAUCCGUCUGAACCCGACGGUUGGACCGCUCUGGCGCAUUGCUACUGGAAGAAGCCCGACCUCUUCGCGGCCAAGCGGUGCUUCCUUACCUCUCUCGAAAAGGCAAGGAAGGCAGACACACUGCAGCAGCUGUCUAUGCUCUUGAGGCAGAUGCCGGGCACGGCGGAAGAGAAGGGCGCCCAAUUAGAGGAAAGCCUGCGGUUAGCGAAGGAGGCAGUUACUCUGGACGUCGAGUGUGGGUACUCUUGGUACGUGUUGGGUAACGGCUACGUAGCCUCCUUCUUCGGAAGCUCCAGGGGAAUCAAGGACCUCGACCGGGCUUUGCAGGCAUACAAGAAGGCGGAGGCCUACGGUGGCGAGAAAGGAAACCCCGACCUGUUCUUCAACAGGGCCCAAGUGUUUCAGUACCGAGAGGACUACCCCGAAUCUAUUCGGGACUUCAGGCUUGCACGAGAGCUCGACCCAAUGCUUCCGGUGAAUCAGGCGCUGCACUCCAUUGAGACUGGGGUUGACCGGCUGUCAAAGCUGGUCGAGAAAAAGGGAGGCCUCAAGACGAAACGCUUAUCGCAGCUGAUUGCGCCGCUUCGGGGGGAGUCGCUCCGACGUGGUCUUGGGGGCACCUAUCACUUGGUGGGCCUGAGAGAGCUACGCUUGGGGAGGAAUAUGGGUGUGGCGGUUGCGCUGAAGGUCGUCAUGCCCGCGGGGCAGAGCUCACAGCCGCCGGAGCGCUUGGUCGUGGUGGACCGCAGCGGGGAGUGCGCCGUCUUGUCCCUGUACUCGAUCUCGGCAGAGGCGUGUGAGAAAAUCCAGAGCAAAGAUACGCUGGUGGUGAGAAACCCGGACUUCAGGACCAUCUGCCUCGGCACGCGGCCGCCGGCCUCGUCUUCCCAAAUAAAGACGGCGGGACUGUCGCAUGAUCGGCCAAUGAACGCCAUCGAGGCACCUUCUACUGUCGUCGACACCAACGGGCGGGGCGCCACCGGUAUGAACGGCGGUGGCUCAACGUACGAUGACAGUGUUGUCGCAGACCAGAGUGCUAACUCGACGAAAAGUCUUGCCCGAGCGGGGGCUGCUCCUCUUCCUCCUCGUGGCGCCAACGAAACAACGGCAGUGAGUACGGAUGGCCUUAAGAAAGACGGCGGCAUUGGAACACGUCCAGACAGCGGGCAGAGCCGCGCGGCGACGGCGGCUGCCGCCUCCGAUGAUGGCCAGACUCGAAGACCGGGCGGAGGAACAGAACGGAUUUCUUCUGGUGUGGGUGCGCCGCCGAACGCCGGCGCUGUUGCUGUGCCGACGGUUUCGUACCCCGGCAUUCAAGCCGACCCGGCGCAGGUGCUGCUUAACGGCGAGACCAUGGCCGCGAGCUUCUCACCCCCCGCCGUGUCCUUGGCCGCCUUCGAUAAGUGA